AUGUCAGACACACCAGCCCCCGCUCGCCACAUGAAGUACCCAUACACUUUGUCGGCUAAACUAGCCCAAUUUCCAUACAAGUUCUACCUAAAAAAUAACUGGGUUGUUAAGUACUACCUGAUUUCGCUUGUUGUAUGCAUUCCCGUCUUCAAGUCGAUCAGCAACUUGUCGAAUUCACCUGCAAAUGUUGCAAAAUGGGCCGAAAUUCGCCGCAAGGAAGCCGAGGGACACCAUUGAGCGCUCUAAUGCCUUUAAUCCCGAUAGAACUUUUAAAUAUACCUAAAUUAUAGAGUCAA